GCUUUGUUUGCUCUGCUGGCGCACGUGAGUGGGGUCAAAGGUGCAUCAUGUGGCCACACCACAGGGAAGUCAGUCGGGAGCUGGGCACGGGCAGCGCCAUGGACGGGCUCAUCCCAGUGAAGGACACGCGGUCAGCCAUGAACGAAACAUGCGGCGGGCGUGUGGAUAUGGAUCUGUUCCUGCACUGCUCACUUGUGCCAUCUGUCUUCAUCGUCUUCAUCCUGUCGUUCCUCCAGCGGCGAGUCAAGAGGCACCGCUUUGACGAGCGAAUCCCCGCCCUCAAUGGCCGCUUCGCUAUCAUCGUGCCCCUGGACUUUAUCGACAGCCUGCGCAAUCGGUGGUCCUACGGGUUUGCCUUUGGAGCCGUGGCCUCCAGCGUCCUGCUGCUCUUCUCUGAAGAAUAUGUGCCACCCCACUUCCCGGCGUGGAGUAAAGCGAUCAUCUCUCUAAUUGGCGCUCUGGAGGUGGGCCUGGCAUACUACCCGCUCUUUGCUUGCCUCUCCACACCCUUCAAAGUGAUAGGAGGAACGCUGGGAAUUCUGUACACCCUUUCUUGGAUCGUUGUCACGAUGUUUAAUAUCAUCAAGUGUCCCAGUGGCACGGUCAUUGGCAAGUACCAGAGCGCAGUUGUCCAUUGGCCAGUUGUGAUGUGCCAGCUGUUCUUGGCAGGUCGCUUUGUGUUUAUGGUGGUCAAAGGCAUUCUUGUGCACUUGAAACUGGACAUGGAUGAGCAGGACCACGACCAGGUGCUCCAUGCCCACCACUCCCAGUACGUCAUGCAGCUGCUGAAGAAGCCCACCUUACAGCUCGAGAAGAAGAAUUGGCUCCAGAGGACCAUCUACACGUGGGACCCCUGCUUCAAGUUUCCGAACAGAAUGAUUGGCACCUCGGUCAUCUCCUUGAUCUGCAUAUACAUCUUUGUGUUGGCAGAGCACAGCGUCAGUGCCGUGGCAUUCGACGAACUCGAUGACCUCUGCGCGGCCCUGAGGGAGCUGGCUGCCGAGAACAACAUCAGCACCAGCGACCUGGUUGGCAUCCUGCCACAGCUGGAGGAGCUGAGCGGUGUGCUGCGAGACUCCUGGCUCAUCUCGUCCAUUUUCGCGUGCCUCAUGUCGGUCGUCUACAUCUUCCACGUCCUGAAAUGCUACCGGGAGCACAUCAGGAGACUGAGGGCUGGCGUGAAGAGCUUUGUGCCACUGGCACUGCAAAACAGCAGAGCUGCGGUCAGUGUGGCGGCCCUGGCAAGAUACUCAGGAUGGCAGAUCGCCUACUUCCUCUGGGGCUACCUCAUUGUCCACUUUGUCCUGUUCCUGCUCGGAGUCGCCUUGGCAUACAUGUUUGUCCUCCCCGUGCGGCACGGCCAAGGGAUGCAGCUGCUCAGCGCCCUGGAGAUAACCCUCAUCUCGGUGGGCCUGGUGGUGGGGCUGCUGAUCUUCCAGAUUGUGUUGGCGCAGCUCUUCUUCUUGCAGGACAAGAUCAACCCGGAAGACAAAAGCAAACCCCUGGCACUAAACAACAAGAGAGCCUUCCACAACUUCAGCUACUUCUUCUUCUUCUACAACGUAAUCCUGGGCUUCAGUAACUGCGUGCUGCGUCUGCUGUGCAGCUUCGUCGUUGGCACCUUCCUCGUGUCCCGCAUCGACAGGACCAUCAUGCCCAGA